AUGGGCCAGAUUAGGAAGGGCGGUACAAGGGUGGGACUUGGCGUUGGUGUUUUGGAACAUCAAAGAUGGACAGGGUUUUCGCGGAGGUCGCUUCUCAGAUAUCUCCACAACUACAGAUCGGGGAUCUUCCAAAAUCGAGAAGAUUGGUGCAUAUGGCUAGGUCUCUUCACCUUACAAUUUGUAUGGCAAUUUGGCCCGGGGUUGUGGUGUGGUAGGGGAGAAUGGGGGAUAAUCCCACACAGGAGUUUCGAACGACGUCUGGUUCACGUUUGGCUGGAUAACUCCACCACCACACGGGGUAUGCGGUCGGCGAUGGGGUCAAAAUGCUCGUAUGAUCGAGGGCUUUUCGAUGGAUCUAUCGGCGGGUUCUUAUUCGAAAAAUCGAGCGAGUUCGUGGUGGAGCGGUUCUAUAGUUGA